UUUCGUCCCAAUUCACAAAUGGCUCGUCCAUCAGAAUCCGAUGCAAAACUACUUGAGCACUUCAAGCUACCACAAGAUGAAGAAGAAGUAGAUGGCUUCUUGUUUUCUCAAAUGGCAUGGUCAAUUGUGGUUCCAAUGGCUUUGAGGACCACAAUAGAGCUUGGUGUAUUUGACAUCAUAGCCAAAGAAGGCAAAGGUGCAAAGCUCUCAGCAAAAGACAUUGUUGAUCACAUUGGAACCAACAACCCUGAAGCAGCAUCAAUGUUGGAUCGUCUUCUUAGGCUUCUUGCAAGUCACUCAUUACUGUCUUGUUCUGUUGUUGAAGAUCCACAAAGCUCUAAUAACUUGAAUCACAGGCUGUAUAGUCUCUCACCUGUUUCCAAAUAUUUUGUGGGUGAUGCUGAUGGUGUAUCGUUGGGACCCUCGUUGUGGCUGCAUCUAGAUAAAGUCUUCACCCAAAGUUGGAAUGAAUUGAAAGGAGCAAUCCUUGAAGGAGGUAUACCAUUCAAUAGGGCUCAUGGCAUGCAUGUUUUCGAGUAUGCAAAAAUUGAUCCUAGGUUCAACGAGGUCUUCAACAAAGCAAUGCACAACUCCUCCACUUUAUUAAUGAAGAGGAUUCUUGAUGUCUACAAAGGCUUUGACCACAUCAAUAAACUAGUGGAUGUUGGUGGUGGUGUUGGGGCAACUAUCAAACUAAUCACUUCCAAGCACCCUCGUAUUCUUGGUAUCAAUUUUGAUUUGCCUCAUGUCAUAGAAUGUGCCUCAGCCUAUGAAGAUGGCGUGAAGCAUGUGGGAGGAGAUAUGUUUCAGAGUGUUCCUAAUGGAGAUGCCAUUUUCAUGAAGAGAAUACUUCACGAUUGGGGAGAUGAAGAAUGCUUGAAGAUAUUGAAAAAUUGCCUCAAGGCUAUUCCGAAUGAUGGGAAGGUUAUUGUGGUGGAAACAAUGGUUUCCAUUGUUCCUGAGCCAACAUCUUUUGCCAAGAAUGCUUUUGGAAAUGAUGUUAUCAUGAUGACUCAAAUGCCCGGAGGGAUUGAGAGAACAAAACAAGAUUUCAUGGACUUAGCACAUGGAUCUGGAUUUAGUGGCAUAAGAUUUGUGUGUUGUGUCUCUAGCGUCUGGGUCAUGGAAUUUUACAAGUAA